UGGAGUUAAGGUGAGAAACAAAUUGUGAUGUGUAAAAUUUGGAUUUUUCAGAGUAUAAUUCCAGCUUAGAACUCAUUCCUUGGACUUUUGAUAGUUUCUUAUACAUAUUCACUAGAUAACAGUUAUCAAACAAAGGAAGCUAGUGCAGGAUGGCUGCACAUUUCGAAUCAACCGAAAUAAAAUUGGAGGAACAAUCCGAAAAUGUUACUGAAAUUCAAUCUUAUCUAGCUGGGUUUCAGAAAGAAAUAGGCUCAGAUGUAACGAUCCAACAAGUGUCUGAUGAAGUGGAUGAUGAAGAGGAAGGAACAUAUUUUGUUGAUCAGGCUGGUCAUUACUAUUUCCAGGCAAAAGGAGAUGCACAACCUGUUAUGACGGUUGUUUCAACUCCUGGCUUGAGUUCUAGCAAUGAUGAAAGGGAAUAUAUCAUAAAUGCCGAGAAUAAAUCAGAUAUUGAGUCGGAGACUAAAUCAAGUGGAAACAUACUGAUCAAUACGGGGGAUACUUAUCAACGAGUGUCCCUUGUACCUUCAGAAGAUGCUACUACAGAGAUGAGUUAUGUUUUGAUUGUACAAGACCCCUCUGAUAUUAAAGAUGGAGAGGAGGGUGAAGGUGAUCAGGAUAUGGCUGUAUAUGAUUUCGACGAUGCAGAAGAGAGUGGUGUUAUCGAUUCAGAUUUAGAAGACGACAAAUCAAAAAUCGUCAAAAUAGUCCCAAGAAAGUCCCAGGUGGUUGCUCAGGCUCACAUGUGUAAUUACUGCAAUUAUACCAGUUCCAAGAGGUACCUGCUUUCUAGACAUAUGAAGUCUCACUCGGAGGAGAGGCCUCAUAAGUGUAGCGUCUGCGAAAGGGGAUUUAAAACGUUAGCUUCCCUACAGAACCAUGUGAACACUCACACAGGAACGAAACCACACAACUGCAAAUUUUGUUCAGCAGCCUUCACAACUUCAGGUGAGCUUGUGAGACACGUAAGGUACCGUCAUACACAUGAAAAGCCCCACAAGUGUGACGAAUGUGAUUACGCUAGCGUUGAGCUGUCAAAGUUGAAGAGACAUAUUCGCUGUCAUACCGGAGAAAGGCCAUAUCAGUGUCCCCACUGUACCUACGCUAGCCCAGACACUUUCAAACUAAAGAGACAUCUUAGGAUCCACACCGGUGAAAAGCCUUACGAAUGUGAUAAGUGUCCAGCUAAGUUCACACAGUCGAACAGCUUGAAGGCACACAAGUUGAUCCACAACGUUGGAGAAAAACCGGUGUUUCAGUGCGAACUGUGUCCAGCCACUUGUGGUAGGAAAACAGACCUUCGAAUUCACGUUCAGAAGCUGCAUACUUCCGAUGCACCUUUGAAGUGCAAAAGGUGUGGGAAAAGUUUUCCUGAUAGGUACAGUUUUAAGUUGCACAAUAAAACUCACGACGGUGAAAAGUGUUACAAAUGUGAUCUCUGCCCGUACGCCUCGAUUUCGGCUCGCCAUCUGGAGUCGCACAUGUUGAUACACACCGAUCAGAAACCGUUCCAGUGUUCUCAUUGCGACCAGAAUUUCAGACAGAGGCAGCUUCUCAAACGACACGAAAACUUGUACCACAAUCCGGACUACGUACCACCCCCACCGAAGGAAAAAACCCACGAGUGUCCGGAGUGUUCGCGCGCCUUCAGACAUAAAGGAAACCUGAUCAGGCAUAUGGCAGCGCACGAUCCAGAUCCCUCCAUCCAAAAGAAGCAACUGGAGCUCAAACUGGGUCGCCAGAAGAAGAUUCAAAUGAUCGAUGGGCAACAGGUUGAGGUGAUGCCAAGCAUGAGUUCCGAGAAUGAGGAGGAGGAAAUCGACAUGAUGGCAGUAGAGGGAUCCGACGGUCAACAAUAUGUGGUUCUGGAAGUUAUACAACUGGGAGAAGGAGACGACCAGACUAUGGUGGUCGGGGAAGGUUCUGGGGAAAUCAUCGGGGAAAAUAUAUUACCAGAUCAUGAUCUUAAUGGCGAAGAUGUAAUAAGUGCUCUGCAAAACGCAAGACGGAUACCCAAAGAAGAAAAUGAAGACGAUGAUGAGGACGAAAAGAAAUUCGAUCCAUCGACACAAACAGACAUGAUGAACUGUUUUGGUUUUGACGAGGACGAAGACGAUGAAGAAUCAGAGGCUAAAGAGAGAACAAUCACGUUAUUGAGUGGUGUUAAUUAAUAAUCCCAGUUGUAAUAUCGUUACUAUUGGAAGGAGGAGGUGUAGAGAAGUUCUUACUUAUUUCGGUUUAGGUGUACAUUUUGUACAUAAAAUAUGGAUAUUUACCUUUGAAAAUUUAUAUUGUUGAUUUUAAUAACUUGAUAAUAUGGAAUUGUAAAUAUUCAAGUCUGAAUUUUAAUUAAUUGCACCGAUUUUGUGAUUUUUCAUAUUGAAAUAUAUAAUAUUCAUAAACGUCCAUUGAAGGAAAAGUUGUUUAUUCCGAAUUUUAUGUGAUGUAUUGGGGUAUUUGAGACUUAUCUUUGUAUUACCAUAACCUUUUAUUUAUUUGCUAUUUAUGGAUACGAUAAUUCAAUGGCAUUUUGGAAUUUUUUGACAGAUGGAUUUUUUCAGUUUUUUUAAUCAUCAUUUUUAGAUUGUUUUCUAUUGCAGUGCUGCCAACUGUUUUUGUGAACGGAAGUUGAAUGAAUAAAACUUAUCAUAGUUAAA